AUGUCUAGAUUACCAAAAAUACCAGUAUCAAACAGUUCUUCUAAUUUACCUGCACCAAGACGUCGUUCAUCUGUAGGUAAUCAAGGAAAACCAAACCUUUCUCUGCUUACUCCUGAACAAGAAGUUUUAUUAGCACAAGUAAUGGAAAGAUAUGGUUCUAGAAGUAACAAUAGUAAUGAACAUCAUAAUGCUUCCUCUACAUCACCACCACUAACAACUACAACUAGUAGUUCGAUUUCACCGCCUCCUGUUUCUUCCAAUCAACAACAACAAAACACUACUACAUUAAGAAAACCUGGUGCUAGAAGACAAAGUGUCUCUAGAAAUACUCGUCCAACUCUUCCGCCGCUUGCUGAAUUACCAACAUCAAAUAAUACUACAACAUCGAUAGCUCCACCAAAGCAAUCGGCAUCAAAAAUAUUAUCACCACCAUCAUCAAAUAACAACUCAUCAUCAUUAGCAACUCCAAAUCAACCUCGUCGUUCACCUUCAAAUCAAAAUUUACAAUCAGGGGGCGGUUUAAAACCUUCUCCCGCUCAACAACGUUUACGAGUUGCCUCCACUCCUCAACGUCCUGAAUCUCCAUCGCUUUCUUUAUAUUCAGUAGGCGAACGUGUUAGCGUUGAAUCAAUGAAUAUAAUCGGUACUCUAAAAUACUUGGGUCCACUUGAUAUUAAGCCAGGAACUUGGGCUGGUAUAGAAUUAGAUCUUCCAGGUACUGGUAAAAAUGACGGAAAUGUCAAUGGAAAAUCAUAUUUUACUUGUAAACCAAAAUCUGGAAUUUUUGUACUCGCGUCAAAACUUUCAAAAGAAACAAGCUCAGACCAAGAUUCGUCUGAUCAAUCACUACCACCACCACAACGGCAAAAACAAAAAUUACCAUCAUCGGCUAAAUCUUUGCAACGUCCAUCUCAAAUAGGAUUGAAUAACACAGCCACUCCUUCUGAUAAUAUACAGUCAUCAUCUAACAUGACUAAAAAUGCUCAAAAUGCUGCAAUUGCUGCUUCUCGUAUAACUGCUGGUUCUCGCGCUUCAAAAUAUAUAGAAAUUACACAAUCAUCAACAACUUCAAAUGAUUCGCCAUAUUCUAAAUCAAAACAAAGCAUUUUAAAACGUCCUGGAUCAAUUGGAAAUCUUAAAUCAAAUUCUUCUAUUCAAUCAUCAUCAAUAUCAUCACCUUCUAGUAAUAAUAAUGCCCUACCAAACACACGUCGCAGAUCCAAUUCCUCAUCAUCUAGUGGUUCGGCUGUAUCAAAUAAAUCACAACCCACUUCAUCAUAUCACUACUCAUCGAGAAUAUCUGCUAAUAAUAAACACCGUAGUCCAUCACCAAACCACGCUACCGAUUCUCAAACUACCUCCGAUACCGAAUCAUUAGGCCACGCUACCAAUAAUGAAGAAAUGAGUAAUAAAAUACUUCAAGAAAAAAUUCAAAAGUUACUUAAUGAUCAAGACACUUCUGAAUCUGCUCAUCAUAUCAAUUCAAAUCAAACAGAUGUCUCAAUGACAGCAAAUAAAGAAAAUAAAGAAAAAUGGGAGGCAGAGAAAAAGGUAUUGUUGGACGAGAAAGAGAACCGAGAGAAAACAUUAAAUCGUAAAAUUGAAGAUCUAAAUAAACAACUUCAAGAUUCGGCGAAAGGUCAUCAUUUCAGACCUAGCACUUCAUUAUCAAUGAUUGCAGAUGAUGAUGUGAUGAGUGACAAGAUAUUACAAUUAACCGAACUGGUUGAACAAAAGGAUGAACAGGUUAAAGAACUCGAGGAUGCUCUUGGUAAAGCUAAUAAACAAUCUGACGAAUAUCAAUCAAAAAUACAGCAUUUGGAAAAAAUCAAUUCUGAACAAACCGACAAGAUCGAACAAUUACUUGUCCAGAUAUCACCUAAUGCUCAAUCAGAAUUAACCGACAAGAUUGAACAAUUGGAAAAAACCAUUCAAAGUAAAUCUGACGAAAUCGAGCAAUUGAAAUCUCAAUUGGAAUCACAAAAGACCGACUAUGAAUCCAAGAUUGAGUCUAUGCAAGGAUUAAUCAAUGAGUUGAAAACAGCAGGCCAAGAAACAAUUAAUAUCUACGAACAAAAAAUCACUGGUUUGGAACAUCAAGUUGAAGAUUUAAAAAAAGCUGGGAUUGAAACCAUAGCACUUUACGAAGAAACCACCACUAAAAUCAACGAAAAAGAAGCAAAAAUUAAUUCGUUAGAGAAAGAAGCCGAGGAGUUGAGAUCGGCUGGUGUGGAAGCCAUUGAUGUAUAUGAGAAAACAAUUGAAGAUACAAAAAAAGAGGUUGAGGAGUUUCGGAUCCAGUUAACAAAAAAAGAGGAAUCACUUUCUUUGGCCAAUAAAGAAAUAGAAAAGUAUAAAGUGAUGCAGAAAGAAUUGAAUGAUGCCAAGGUUAAGUUGGAGUUGAAUGAGAAAAGAGAAGAAGGGCUUCGUAACGAGUUGGUAGAUAUGCAAAGUGGAUUGGAACACAUGAUGAGAGCAGAUGCCAAGUCACGUGAACGUAUUUACCAAUUAGACGAUGAUAUACGCGAAUCACAAGCACUUGUUACCAGACAACAAGAAGAAAUUGCUGCACUUAAAAGUAAUGUGGAAAAUCUAAUGACAGCUAAUAAUAGUGAAGAAGUAGAAAAGAUUAAAUCAGUUUUUGAGAGCGAUGCUGAACGAUACCAAGAAGAAAUUGAGAAUCUACGAAAAUCUUUAUCAGAUCUACAAGCCGAGAAACGUGCUGUUAUUAACGAAGUCGAUAACUCUAAAGAUGAAAUGAAAUUGUUGGAAAGAAAGAUACAAGAUAAUGAACGUCAAAAGAAAGAUUUGAUUGCUGAAUUGGACACAUUGAAAUUGGGAUUACAACAAGGCGAGAACGAAAGAGAUCAACUUGCAAAAGAAAUUGAAGGAUUGAAAGCUAAUUUAACAGAAUCUGUAGAAAGCAAUACUAAACUACUUAGAGAUUCAGAGUCAGAAAAGUCAGCAUUGAUUGGUGAACGUGAUAAAGUUAAGACAGAAGUUGAAGAGUUGAAUCAACAAUUGGAAGAGGUGAUUAAAAAAGCUGAACUUGCAGACAAACUCAAAUCAGAUCUCGAGGUUAAAAUAAAAGAGUUAGAUCAACUUAAUGAAAGUUACGAGCAAUUCAAAAAAGAUCACAUCAAAGAACUCAAGGAGAUCGAAACUCAAACAAUUCAAUCGACACCUAAAGAGGUCGAAAACAAGCUUGCAGCGAACGAAGAACAAAUGGCAGGACUUAAACAUAUUGUGCAAGAACUUACAAGAGAAAAUGUUAAGAUCGCAGGUGAAAACAAGAAAAUAUUGGCGGAACAAGAAAAGUUAAUGGAAGCACAUAAACAAGUUGAGAAUGAAUGUUUUAAAUUGAUGGAUGAAUUGGAACGAUUACACAGCGAAUCACUUGGCGGACAAGGUAUUUUAACUUUAACAUCGCAGGAGGAAUAUAAAACCAUCUCAACAUCUACAAAUGGUCACCCAGCUGGUGCAGAUUUAUUACGACUCCAAUCAUUGUUAUCAGAAAAACAAGUACAAUUAGAUCGAUUGACCUCAAUGCAUAAUGCAGAAAUACGAGAAUUGCGUCAGAAAGUAGCAGAAUUAGAGAAGGCUAAACAAAAAGAAGUCAGUUCAUUAAAUAAAGAUGUUGCUGAAUUGGAAUCUUUAGUCGAGAGUAAAAUUUUUCGUGAGGCAGAUUUAGAAGAGGAGAUUCAACGUGAAAAACGUACCAUGAAACUUUUAAAGGAUGAGGUUGAUGACUUGAAAGAACAAUUGAAAGAAUUGAGAACUAAUGGUGGUGGAUUGGUAGACCUUAAUGAAUUAGUUUCUGAAAAUGGUGUAAUGAAUUCAUCACGAUUGUCAAUUAGUACAACAACAUCGUCAACGCCUGUAACAAAAGAAAAUGGAGGUUCAACAUUAUAUUGUGAAAUCUGUGAAGAAGAGGGCCACGAUAUUAUUAGUUGUAAAGCAGUAUUUGGAUCUCAAUCUGAACUCACCAUUGAUCCAGACGAGACGUUUGGGAUUGUACAGGAUAAAGCAUAUUGUGAUAAUUGUGAAGAAUAUGGGAUCCAUUGGACAGAAGAAUGUCCAAAUCAAGAUGAAACAUUUUAA